AUGCGCCCAGAAAAGCAUGUGGAUGAUUGUGAAUAUGGGCUGAGUCUCUUGCUUUCUUCAUCCCAACAGAAAUCUUCGAGAAUUCGUAUAAGGGGCCGUACCUUCUGGUAGGUUGCAUUUCUUUCUUCCACCCACGGACAACUUUGGCAGCUGCCACAUUUGACAUUCUUCAACUUCGCUCAACCCACAUACCUACCUAUCCUGUCUACAAUCCACACCUAUUAUAACCGCCACCAUGUGUAUAGUCUUAGCAACUACGGCACAUCCAUCCUACGCACUCAUCAUUCUUGACAAUCGCGAUGAAUUCAUUCUUCGACCGACCAGCAAGCCACACUGGUGGUCUUCCCAUCACCAAGAAAUACUCUCAAGUCGAGACCUUCAACGUGCCGAGCAAGGAACAUGGCUAGGCAUUACGAAAACUGGUAACUUUGCAGUUCUUACAAAUUAUCGCGAGACCGAUACCCACGACAAAGAUCAUCCUGUGCAAGGAACGAGGAGCCGCGGCGGUAUGGUCACGGCUUGGUUGACGGCAGAAAACGACGAGAGUACCAAACAAUUUGUACACAGGCUACUGGAUGGGGAUGGAGUGAAAGGCGUCGGCGGGUUUUCUUUGGUAUGCGGAAAGUUGCGAAAAGAGAGAUCCUCUGACGAUCAAAUGGAACCCCUAGCAAUCAUUUCAAAUCGAAGUGGAACCCCGGAUGAAGUGCCAUGGGUAGCUGCCAGCAGAGGAGAGGUUUACGGCUUAAGUAAUACUUCCUACGAUGAUCCAGUAACUUGGCCCAAGGUUAAGUCUGGCAAGGAAAAGGUCUUGGGGGUUGUAGAAGAAGUGGUACGGAAUGGCUCUGGAGAAGAGGAGCUAAUCAAGAAGUUGUUUGCUGUUCUGGAUAUUGAUACGCUCCCGAAGAAAGAUGAAGCCCAGGAUUUUGAGGAGUAUAUCUAUCAGCUUCGCAAGUCAAUUUUCAUACCUACAAUCGGCCAUGCAGUCCCGCCUUCGGAAGUUCCAAAGGCGGACGAAAUUGCAGCUGCUGUCACGAAGGUAUCGUCAUCCAGCGAAGAACCCGCAGCCAAAGUGAAGGAGGAGCAAAGGCCAACGCCCGAUAGCAAUAAUGUUAUAUCUGGUGUUUACGGUACCCAAAGGCAAACCAUCAUUCUCGUAGACUGGCAAGGGCGAGUCACAUUUAUAGAGCGUUCAUUGUUUGAUGGAGCAGGCAAUCCCAUAGAGAGAGGUCAAGGUGAUAUGAGGUUUGAGUUCAAUAUCGAGGGAUGGAAUGGGGAAAAUCACCAAGUACAAUAGUAUAAUUAAACAGUUAAACUAAACGAUGGACCCUGAUUAAGUGCCAGGGGCAUGAUUACCUAGUAGUAGAAUUGGUAACGCCGUCAAAAUUUGCAUGCGUCUGAGGACUAUUGUCAAUGUUCCUUAUUAGAUUAUCCUGCAAGCUUCAUUCACAUAUCUCAAAGCUCCAGAUGCGAGUCAUGAUCCGUAACUUUGAUAAUCAAUCUAAUUUA